AUGCUGAAGGCACUUAGCUUGAUCAAGCGCGCAUACCACCCAAAAGUGAUUGAAUACUACGAGCAGCCUAAAAACGUUGGCUCUCUUGACAAAGGUGACAAAUCUGUCGGGACAGGUGUUGUCGGAGCACCUGCCUGCGGAGAUGUGAUGAAGUUGCAAAUAAAAGUUGAAGACGGGAAGAUCAAAGAAGCAGUGUUCAAGACCUUUGGAUGUGCUUCUGCCAUAGCCAGUAGUUCCUACGCCACAGAGUACAUUAAAGGCCUAGACCUGAACGAUGCCAUGCAAUUGAAAAAUUCUGACAUCGCUUCAUACUUGCACUUGCCUCCCAUCAAGCUCCAUUGUUCUAUGCUAGCGGAGGACGCUGUGAAGGCAGCGAUAACAGACUUCAAGAAAAAGCAAGACAAUUAA